CUCCACCGCUCUUCUUCGGUUCUUUCUUCCGUACAGCAUCUCCUCGUAUCGGCAGGCGUUGAGGUUUUAAUAAAGUUAGCAGAGAGACUAAGCUACCUCAUCGUCCUCGUAGAUCGAAAUGGCAACCAACGAAGAGCUUAAACUCUACAACUCGAUGACCCAACAAAAAGAGGUAUUCAAGUCCCGUAUUCCCGGCAAGGUUUCCAUGUACGUUUGCGGUGUCACCGCCUAUGAUUUCAGUCACCUCGGUCACGCUCGCGCCGCUGUUGCCUUCGACAUAUUAUUCAGAUACCUACAACACUUGGGUUAUGAAGUUACUUAUGUCCGCAAUUUCACUGAUAUUGAUGACAAGAUAAUUCGUCGGGCAAAUGAGAUUGGCGAAGAUCCAUUAUCUUUAAGUAGCCGUUUUUGUGAAGAAUAUCUUGUUGACAUGAACGAUCUGCAGUGCCUCAUUCCAACCCACCAGCCACGUGUAACUGAUCACUUGGAACAGAUUAAGGACAUGAUAACUCAGAUUAUAGAAAAAGACUGUGCAUAUGCAGUGGAGGGAGAUGUCUUCUUUGCCGUUAAUAAAUCCCCAAAUUAUGGUCAGUUAUCUGGGCAGAGGUUAGAAAAUAAUAGAGCGGGGGAACGUGUCGCUGUUGACUCAAGGAAACGUAACCCUGCUGACUUUGCAUUGUGGAAGGCAGCAAAGCCAGGUGAGCCAAGUUGGGAGAGCCCAUGGGGCCCUGGAAGGCCAGGAUGGCAUAUAGAAUGCAGUGCAAUGAGUGCUCAGUAUCUGACCUUCAAAUUUGACAUCCAUGGCGGUGGGAUUGAUUUGAUUUUUCCACAUCAUGAGAAUGAGAUUGCCCAGAGCUGUGCAGCAUGUGAAGAGAGCAGCGUGAGUUACUGGAUGCAUAAUGGUCAUGUCACUAAUAACAAUGAGAAAAUGUCAAAAUCAUUGGGUAAUUUUUUCACAAUUCGCCAGAUCACUGAACGGUAUCAUCCACUGGCUUUGAGGCACUUCUUGAUAAGUGCACACUAUCGCUCUCCCCUCAAUUACUCUGUUUCGCAGCUGGAAAGCUCAUCAGAUGCUGUUUUCUACAUUUAUCAGACAUUGCAAGAUUGUGAGGAUGCUUUAUUGCCAUUUCAAGAAGGAAGUCUGAAGGAAGGCGCAGGACAGAAUGCCAACCUGGUUGCCAUUACUGCUGAUGCCCAAAAAUGCAUUUCUAGGCUGCAUGAAGAUUUUGAGACUAAAAUGUCAGACGAUUUGAACACUUCGCCUUUAUUGACUGGUGCUUUCCAAGAAGCCUUGAAGGUCGUAAAUGGUUCUUUGGGCAUGCUUAAGAAGAAACAACAAAAGAAGCAACAAUUGUCAUUGAUUCGGUCCGUUACCGAAGUCAAGAAAGAAGUUACGGAAGUUCUGAGAAUUCUGGGAUUGUUUCCUCCUUGCACUUGUGCUGAGGUUUUGCAGCAGUUAAAAGGGAAGGCAUUGAAGAGAGCAGGACUAACAGAAGAUGAUGUGAUGAGCCUGAUUGAUGACAGAGCCGUGGCAAGGAAAAGUCAGGAUUUCAAGAAAAGUGAUCAGAUCAGGACUGAUUUGUCUGCAAGGGGCAUUGCACUGAUGGAUGUGGGCAAGGAAACAGUUUGGAGGCCUUGUGUUCUUGUUGAGAACGAAGAGAAGGCAAGGACAGUUGUGGAAGAGCCAACGCCGCCACCACAAGCUGCAUCAAGUUGACGGUGGACAAACCUUCUUCUGGCCCCAGCUUUUGCACGUGAUACAGUUUUUUCUUAUAAUCACUCUCUACUGUUUUAGAUCACUUCAACUCGGAAUGGAGAAAAUAUUAAUAGGUUUUGAUUUAUGUACUGGUUUAUGUUGUAACAUUGGAGGACUUUUUACACACAUUAUGGCCCUGUGAAGUAGCUCCUUGCAUGUAGCAGGCGAACUGAAAUUGUUCUUCCCAGCUUGUUAGAUCAAGAUACAAUGUAGGAAGGUUGGUAAUCAUAUGUUUACAUCCUAUUAAGCA